AACAAAAAGGAGACUUUUUGCUGUGUUAGCACUAUGGCUCAGCCCCCUUUGUUCCCAACUCUGACCCCUAGGCUUGUUGACCCAGCCUGGUUCCAGGUGGAUAAGCCAGUUGAUCUAGCUCAGGAAUUGAAGGAUCAGGAGCAGGUGUAUCAGGAGCAGAUGUUGGCCAUCCAGCAGAAAGGGAGUGAUAUAGUGCCCAUAGGGAAGAGUGCCACGGAGCAGUACAGUGAAGAUGAAGAAGAUGACAAUGAUGAUGAAUACGAUGAUGAUGAUAAUGAUGAUGAUGAGGAAGAAGAUGAUGAUUCUGAAAUGAAUGAUGAUUAUUCCGAUCAGCUGUUGCACUGAAGGGUAGGUUGAGUUAAUAAAGAUAACUGUUGUGGUGGAUUUCCAGAAGAAAGACAGACUUCUUGUUAUUUGAUGUUUUUGUUCUUCUUCAGUGUUUUUUGUUUAAUUAUAUAUAUAUUAAAUUUAAAAUAUUGUUCAAGAUG